UGACAGCAGUCUACCCAGAUCAAACAAGGGACCAUUACAUAGGCUAAUAUAGAAGGCCAUUGACGUAGAAUUUGAAAACCUAAUCUCUUUAUUUUAAUUUCCAAGAACAACUACCUGCAUCAGCCUGAAUGCUUCAUGUAGCCUAUGCUUGAAAGCAUUCCUCUUCCGGCUACAGACACUAGUGAGCACGCGCGUGCUCCGCAACAGCGAACUGGUGCUGAAGCUGAGGAGGAGGCGCGCGCAUCACAUGAGCGCAUCGCAUUACAUCAUUUUGCUACGACGUGAUUGGCUGAAGGUCAAUGCGUACUUCGCUCGCGGACUAUCACGUCCUAGCCUAACCAUAUAUCUCGACUCGAGACGAUAAUUAUUAUCGCUCUCAAAACAAAUCUAAUUAUAACCUUUCAAUUGAUUACAAAUAUAUUGUCGUUUGGUGCCCGUUUUGAGGAUGGCCGAGAGCGAGGCAGACACGCCAAGCACCCCGAUAGAGUUUGAGAGCAAAUACUUCGAGUUUGAUGGAGUACGACUUCCACCCUUCUGCAGAGGAAAGAUGGAGGAGAUCGCCAACUUCUCCCUCAGAAGUAGCGACAUAUGGAUUGUCACGUAUCCCAAGUCAGGUACCAGUCUCCUUCAGGAGGUGGUGUAUCUGGUGAGUCAGGGGGCGGACCCAGAUGAGAUUGGUCUGAUGAACAUCGAUGAGCAGCUUCCUGUUCUGGAGUACCCUCAGCCUGGGCUAGACAUCAUACAGGAGUUGACAUCUCCUCGUCUGAUAAAAAGCCACCUGCCCUACCGCUUCCUGCCUACAGCCAUGCACAAUGGAGAGUCCAAGGUGAUCUACAUGGCGAGGAACCCUAAAGAUCUUGUGGUGUCUUACUACCAGUUCCACCGCUCCCUCAGAACCAUGAGCUACCGCGGAACCUUCCAGGAGUUCUGCAGACGCUUCAUGAACGACAAGCUGGGAUAUGGUUCCUGGUUUGAGCAUGUUCAGGAGUUCUGGGAGCAUCGCAUGGACUCAAACGUCCUCUUCCUGAAAUAUGAAGACAUGUACAAGGACCUGGGGACGUUGGUGGGGCAGCUGGCGAGGUUCCUGGGUGUCUCAUGUGACAAGGCCCAGCUGGAGACCAUGGUGGAGAGUUGCAACCAGCUCAUAGAGCAGUGCUGCAACUCAGAGGCCCUUUCCAUCUGCAGGGGUCGCGUGGGACUGUGGCAGGACAUCUUCACCGUGUCUAUGAAUGACAAGUUUGACACGGUGUAUAGACAGAAGAUGGGCAAGUCUGACCUGACCUUUGACUUCGGCCUGUGAGGACCGAACCGACUGACCACAACGACGCGAACACGGACUACACUCCUCCUCCUGCUGCCAAAACACUGUACACUCCUCUGCCUCUCUUCAUCAAUCAAUCAAUCACGUAUUGGAUAUAAUGUAUAUAUCAGUCGCUCCACCGCCAAAGACUAUAGCUGUCAAUCAACCAACCAAUCAAUCACCCAAUAAAUUAGUCAGUCAACACACCAAUCAAUCAAUAUAAAGAUUGCAUCCUUAAAAAGCUCACAAAUCAAUUUUGAUUUAUCAAUCAAUCGGUCAGUUUCUCAGCCAAUCAGCGAGAUCCUGUUUUAGCCCAAUGUGGCACAGAUCCCAUCCCCCACCCCCAUCUAUGUCCCCCCUCUCCGCCCAUCAUCCCCAUUCCUCUUCAGUAUGUACCGCUGUGUAUGUAUGUAUAUACCAGUGCUCUAUAGCAAGUUGUGUAUGUGGCAGUGGCCCCAAGCCUGAGGGAAACGCAUGGAAGUGUGUGGCGCCGUCACCAAACCUAUACAGAGGAAGCUUACACGUCUCGUUCAACACUUAAUGUUGAGACAGUGUUAUGUUUUUUAAACGCUGUAUGAAUGCUAUGGUGGGGAAUCAUAAGUCCAGCUCAGAGUCAAGUAUAGAGACCACCCAUGACUGCCCUUUGAUACAGAGCAAGUGUUCAGUUUCGGCUGUAUCCAGGUCAGUUCCUACUUUACCUAGUCCUUCCUUUUAGCACACGUUUUUCACUUUCAGUACAUUACAUAGCUUGUUUGUUACAAAAAGGCUUUCAAUGGGCAUUAGCUUAAUCAGCACUAGACUUUUUUUAUCAGCCUUUCUUGCUGAAGUGAAUGGGGAUGCGUGUGUGUUUGUGUGUGUGUGUGUGUGUGUGUGUACAUGCUCGUGUGUGAGCAAAAUCAGAAAAACAACACAUCACAACUGCCUUUUAUAUCAGUUCUGUUUGUUCAUGCUGCUAAAGUGAUGCCUUCCUCUGUCCUCAGACCCAUAGCCACCUAUAGAGUUAAUGUACCACACUGAGACAACAGAGUAUCCCUCCAUGUUACCAGCAUUCUCUGUGUUCUGUCCCCCAAGUACAUGUCCCUUCAGGAUCCAAAGGUGGAUGUAUCCAUCCCUCCCCAAAGGUUAGACAUCAAAACACCAUUGCCCUCUAUGUUUGUCAACAGAGCCCCCUUUCUCUUCUAUUGCUUACAUCUCUUUCUCUUCUCUUCCUGCUGUAAAUGCCCUCAGACAGACCAGUAGACCCUCCCCUCCCAACCCCUCUGCUCUGCUGGACACUUGUGAAUGUUUGUGGAAUUGAUGUGGAUGUAACAACCUCAACAGACCCCUCCCACAGGCGCAGUUAUCUGCUUUCUCUCACUCUGUCUGUAUCUCUCUCUCUCUCUGUUUCUCUCACUGUCUAUGUCUCUCUCUCUGUUUCUCUCUCUCUGUUUCUCU